AUGGUGCUACGAAUGGCGAGACUCACUGACGAUGCCGACUACGAUUGCGGCGAAACGUCUGGGAAUGUACCCCGUUCACGGGCCUACUCUAAAAAUGCUGAUGCAUACAAUGCACUGCGAACU